GUAUGUACCAGGGAAGUACACGUACUGUAAAAUUAAGUGCUACCAACAUUUGGUCCUAUUUACCUUUGUAUGAACAAAGCUAUCUCUAGAUAAGUCCUAUGAAAGUUGUUAUAUGGUAGUACGUUCCUGAAACCAUUAACCCAGAGAUGCAUUUAACCUACUUAUCGGACUUUAAACUGCAGUGCAGUGACAUCAUGACAGAGCAUAAAUGUCUGAGUUCAUUCGUUGUACUGCAAACACAUGCUGCCAGUGACCUAUCGAAACUCACUACCCUUUUGUCUAGUUUUGAGGUCCCACCUCUUUUGAGAUCAUUCCUAGCCCUCGUAAAUAUAUUGUAUUUCUGCUGUCUGCUGUAUGAAUGUUAGGAGGAUGGUGAGAGCACUGACUGUUCCUGGUCUGGGGCUUCUAGCUUUGCUAUGCUUGUUCUCCUCGGAUCCCGUAAAUGCUGGGAAGGUGCUUGUUAUGCCAGUGGAUGGCAGCCACUGGUUGAGCAUGAAGAUCCUGGUGGAAGAGCUUUCUCAAUUGGGUCAUGAGAUGGUGGUCCUGGUCCCUGAAACCAGUGUUCUGAUUGGAAAGUCUGGUGAUUACACCACUAAGUCUUUUCGUGUGCCUUACACCCUUGCUGAACUAAAUGCUAACUUGGACCACAUAAGGAAGAAUGCAUUUGAGAAGCCUCCGCAGCUGACUGACAUCAUUGUAAAUCUAGGGACCCUGAUGCAAUUCACAGAAAUGCAGGUGAAAGCCUGUGAAGGGCUGCUGUAUGACGAGUCCUUGAUGAAGAGUCUUAGAGAAACAGGAUUUGAUGUAAUGCUCACUGAUCCUUUCCUGCCCUGUGGCACCAUCAUUGCUGAUUCCCUCUCGAUUCCCGCCGUUUACUUCUUGCGUGGGAUUCCCUGUCGACUUGAUGAGGAAGCUGCCCAGUGUCCCUCACCUCCGUCUUUUAUCCCGCGCUUCUUCACUGGUUUCUCAGAUAAGAUGACUUUCCCUCAGAGAGUAAGAAACACGCUUAUGACAGUUUUCGAAAAGUACCUAUGCCACAAACUUUUUGCCAGCUUUGGUGAACUGGCCAGUAGAUAUCUGCAGAAGGACACUACAUACAAAGAGCUAUUAAGUCACGGUGCGAUCUGGCUUCUAAGAUACGACUUCACCUUUGAGUAUCCCAAACCCCAAAUGCCAAACAUGGUUCAAAUAGGAGGCAUCAACUGUGCUAAGAAGGGUCCACUGACAAAGGAGCUGGAGGAGUUUGUGAACGGUUCUGGAGAGCAUGGGUUUGUGGUCUUCACUCUGGGCUCCAUGGUGUCACAGUUACCCGAGGCCAAAGCCAGAGAGUUCUUUGAGGCUUUCAGGCAGAUACCUCAGAGGGUGCUAUGGAGGUACACUGGACCAGUCCCUGAAAAUGCUCCAAAGAAUGUAAAAUUGAUGAAGUGGCUGCCACAAAAUGAUCUCUUGGGCCAUCCUAAGGUUAAGGCUUUUAUUACACAUGGUGGAUCACAUGGAAUCUAUGAAGGAAUCUGUAAUGGGGUGCCAAUGGUGAUGCUUCCUCUGUUUGGCGAUCAAGGGGAUAACGUUCAGCGCUUAGUGUCUCGAGGAGUUGCAGAAACCCUGAGUAUCUAUGAUCUGACCGCAGAAAAACUGCUGGUUGCAUUGAGAAAGGUCAUCAACGACAAAAGCUACAAGGAGAAGGUAACAGAGCUUGCAGCUAUUCACAGAGACCGUCCCAUUGAGCCUCUGGACCUGGCUGUGUUCUGGACUGAGUUUGUUAUGAGACACAAAGGGGCAGCGCAUCUCAGACCUGCAGCCCACGAGCUGAACUGGAUUCAGUAUCAUUCUCUGGACGUCAUUGGCUUUCUCCUUCUCAUUCUAGUGACUGUUAUUUUUGUGACUGUCAAAAGCUGCAUGUUCUGUUUCAGGAAGUGCUUCAAGAAAACUCAGAAAAAGAAGAGGGAGUAGAUAUAUUGUAGAUACAAUGUAGAUACAAUGUUUCUUUUUUUUCUUUUUUUUUGGGUGAUUGUUUAGAGACUUGCCUAAUCUGUGUUUUUAUAUCUUGAAUACCUCCUUGACCUGGAUUAUUGACUUGAAUAAAGCCUCACAAAACCUGC